AUGCACACAACCAUCUUUCUCGCUCUCUUCUCCAGCGCAUUUGCCGCUGCAUUUCACUCAGCCGAACUCACACCCAGACACCCCCGAACAGUCGAUCUUCUCGAAGCUGAACCGAUGGAGCUUCGCUACAAACUCUCAAGCUACAAAAACGCGCUCUACUGGUGCGGAAGAAAUCGCAACUUUGAACGCUACCAAGAAUGCCGCGAUCUUCUUUGGGAUAUGAAAUAUAUUUUCAACGGAAACUUCCGACAAUUUUCUGACUGCAAAGUAAUUGUUAGACAACACACUAUUAGCUGCGACUAUUAUGUUUAA